AUGUUCCAAAUUGUGGUUUUACUUAAUGACGUGGAGAAGCUGGCUUCUGCGUUGCAUGAGUUGAAGAUACUCGACCAGGGCAAUGAGCUACUGUCUCCGCGCGACGCCACAGUUUUCGUGCCUCGCACGAGCUGCAAGCCUGAUACCGAUUAUAGGCCUUAUCGGUCAUUCUAUCGAACUGCUACGGAUGAUGAAUUUGCUUCUUCGAGGCUAUGCGACUCACGACCAAUCCCUCGAGGCUACGACGAAAUGUUGAUGUGGAAGAGUGGCAAUGGGAAGCGGUACUGUGGUGUUGAGACCUGA